UCUCAUCACAGCAGUUUACCCUCCACCUCCUGAUCUUUGCAGCAGUCCCAAGGAAAGUAUGAUGUUUCCCAGAACAAUUCUUUUGCUCCUCUGGAUGAGUGCUGUAAAUGGAUUUCGCCCCAACCAUGAAUCAGGGGGCAUUGCUCCAGGUGACUUCACUGAUGCCGACAUCACCGAAAAAGGCAUACUAAAGGCUGUUUCUUGGUUCAUGGAGACAGUUCCCCUUCCUGGAAAAUCUCCCAAAGCCCCAGGAGAGCUGGAUGAUAAGAACCCAACGGAAUUGUUCAAAGCAUAUUUUGAAGCUGAUGUGUCUCCUGAUCGGUUUGUCAAAGCCCUUGAGGAAAUUGUCAAAGGGAAUAACCAAGUGGAGGUCGAUAACGGGGAGGACAGCAGUUACUUCUUCCACUGUGGAGAAAUUGCCAAAAGUAUAAACCAGCUUCGAUCCCUGAGGAAGGCCAUGCUAGCGAGUCUUGUAGAGCCUGUGACCUUAGCAGGCUUGGAGUCAGCUCGCCUAAAUGCUGGGAAGGCCCUCCAUGUGCUCCAGAAGUUCUACAGCAACACCAAUUGGGUUGAAAUGGGAAAUGAAAACAUUUAUGAAUUUCUGAUCAAUGAAGACAGUGAUGAUAAAGUAACCAUUGCCCCUGCUUCUAUAAAAACAUGUAAAGACUGCGUCAAAAGUGCCAGUGGGGUGUACACAUGUGUGGACAACAUACUCGUGAAGGACAUGCUCGUAAGUGGGUACAAGAUAUCAGCAACUUGCAAGACUAAACCACAAGGCAAAUGUGGGCAUGGAGGGAAAUAUGAUGCCACUCAAGACAUUUAUCCCACUGGGGGCAUCAAUAAAGAGACUUCUGACCCCAAGCUCUCCCCUCAUGCUGACCUGCACAAGAAAGCAGCCGAACUAGCUAUUCAAGCCACAAAGAAUUUCUUUGUAGAAGGGGGUAACCUCCUCACCAUGGUGAACGAAAACAUCUUCCGGAAGUUUUUCAACCUGGAAGGCUACUCUCUCGUCUUUGUGAUAGACACCACGAGCAGCAUGACUGACGAUAUUGCCCAGGUCAAAGAAAAAAGCAUCGAAAUUAUCCAGAAAUUUUCCACCUUGCCGGACGCACCCUUCAACUACAUUGUGGUGCCCUUCAAUGAUCCAGAUCAUGGUCCAGCCUUUAAAACUCAUAAUGUGAAUGCGUUAAAAAACUAUAUAUCCAACCUCAACGUUGAGGGUGGUGGUGACUGCCCAGAAAUGUCAUUAAGUGGUUUGAAGUUGGCAUUGGAUGAGAGUUUGCCAAGUUCUAAAAUCUACAGUUUUACUGAUGCUGCAGCAAAAGAUGAACAUCUGGAGAGGGAAGUCAAGAUCAAGAUUGAUUCUACUCUAUCGGAGGUGAACUAUCUCCUCACAGGGACUUGCUCAACACGAAAACGCCGAAGCGUCACUAAAAGGAUCACUAGGGCAUCUGAGAGAGGCUACGCAAAUAUCUAUGAAGAAAUCGCUACUUAUUCAGGCGGCUUCUAUGUACUGACCACCAAACCGGAGCUUUCUAGGGUCCUGGGGGUCAUGGAGCUCUCCUUGAAUGCCGCCCCAGUGAAGGUGGCUCAGGAUCGUCUGGAUGGGACCCAGUUCUCCUUCCCAGUGGAUGAGACCCUCACCGAAAUCACAAUCUCAGUCAAGAAUUUGCACUCUAGAAGGUUCAGCAUGACCAUACUGACACCAUCAGGUGCUACAGCAAGGAAUACUAAGACCCUGAUUGACACUACCAACCACAAGAUUGUGAAGGUGUCCCCUAUUCAAGAGAGGGGUUCAUGGACUGUGACAGUCUCUCCCAGCAGUUCCUAUGAGGUGGAAAUCGGAGGCAAGAGCUUGCUUGACUUCUCCUACCAGAUUUUUCAGAAGCAGAGAGACUAUAUGCUCCCAAUCCAGGGACGACCUGUUAAAGGAUCAAACUAUGCUGUUUCCUUGAAGAUGCUGGGGGAUGCCAAAGGAGUUAGGGUCAACCGCCUCGUCUCUGUUUCUGAUCGAGGAACUGCUCGGUCAGUCCCCUUAAACCAAACCUCAGAUGCUCUGGGCAACGUCUUGGCCAUUACCACCAUUCCUUUUGAUGCAUCGAUGUCUCUGCUGAAGGUGGAAGGCCUGUCUCCAAAUAACCAUCCUUUUUCCAGAGUUAGCAGUACCCCCAUCCGCACAGAGUCUGUGGAAGUCUUGCCCUUACCAGGCCAAAAAGGCACAAUGUCACCUGGUGAGAUCCUGACGCUCUCUGUCGUGGUGGUGAAUGAUGGGACACCAGCCUCAUUCUCUUUCAAGGUCUGGGAUGACCGUAGUUUCCUGAGAAGCUUCUCACCAAAAAGCAGUUUUCUAAGGACAGGGCAGAAUAUCACCCUCACUGCAACCUUCGAAGCACCUGUAGGACAGAACAAGUUUGUCUCCAGCAUUGCAACUUUCACAGCUGAGAGCUUUACGGCCCAGAACUACCUGAAGUUGCCCAUUGCUGUGAUCACUGAGACAGCCAUGGAAACUGACAUAACUCCACCAGGCUACACCCUAACACAGCUCAAGAUGCCAUGUGCAGAAGACAGCCAGGACCAACCAGAGUGCUUUCGGCAAAUUUGGCGCAUGACCUUUUCUGUUAAGGAUGAUCACAGUGAUGUCAAUGUUAAAGUCAACCCAAAUCCCACUGGUGUGUCUUGCCAUUCAGCAGGGACUGACGGCGACAAGGAUGUCAUCUGCGACUAUAAGUCGACCUGCUGUGCUCCUUGGGUAGAUGUCCUGAUCAUUGAUGGGCGAGGGAACGCAGAAGCAUUCACUGUGGAUUAUAAUACAACUCUCCCAACAGCAGCCAGUCCUGAGAGCUGAACUGUGUCACAUGAAUGCAACCAGCAAACUAUGGGGGGUUAUUAUAGAUUUAUUGGUGCCAUUUGAUCUGGGAAGGAGCGGCUAUCAAGAA